AUGACUGCAGCUUGUCACACCUGUAAAAAAGAGGUAACUGAUGCUUCGGUGCAAUGCUGUGGUUUUUGUAAGGCCGUGUUUCACCUGAAACGUUGCAAGAUAUCACCUGCUAUUGCAGAAGAGAUACACCGGAAUAAGCAACUUUUCUGGAUGUGUCAAUCUUGCACUUCACUGAUGGGCGAUAUUCGUUUUCGGGCUGCUGUUGGUACUGCUUUCGAAUUUGGACUUAAUAAUGCUCUCAGCGCAAAUGGUGAAAUUGCGAAAAAUUUGAAGACAGAGAUCAUGGUUGAGCUGAAAAAUGAAAUUCGUUCGAAUUUUACUGCUUUGAUCAACUCUAGCUCACACACGCCAAAAUCAUCGACCCGGCCGAUUUAUCCGAUGCGAUCUGUGUGUAGCCGAAGGCUGUUUCAAAAGUCUGAAAUUGUGGAACGUCGUCAAUCUGAUCUAAUGUGUGGAACUGGAAAUUCGCUGUCGCCUUCGGAUGGAACAUUCACCGUACCACCUUCUAGUCAAAAAUUCUGGAUCUACUUGUCCCGUAUCUUUCGUGACGUCACUGCUGAACAAGUUUGCGAGUUGGCAAAGCAAAGAUUGGGCACAAAUGACGUUGAAGCUGUUAGGCUGGUAGCCAAGGGAAAGGAUAUCAAAUCGCUGUUAUUCAUUUCAUUUAAAGUUGGCAUUAGUGCUGACCUAAAAUCUAAGGCACUUUCGACUUCAACGUGGCCUAGAGGAAUGUUGUUCCGCGAGUUCAGAGACAAUAAUGCUGCUGAAAAUUUUUGGAAUCCUAUUCGAUCACUGAAUGCAGACCCUCAACAAUCUUCAAUCAUGGAUCCGAUGUCAACUCACUCCCUAGAACCCCAGGACGAAGUAGUAAUGACGGAAUAA